CAUGUCGACGCUGCUAUAUUUGAUACUAGCGAUUUCCGUUUUCUGUCCAGACAAGCUGGUUGCUUUGUCAGUAUGCGAGGGUGAUACUCUGAAUAUAGAUUGUGGUUCUGACGUCAUUCAUGUCUUAGCUGCAAAUUACGGUAGGACAGAUGGAACUACAUGUCCCCACAGUGCAAUGAGCAAUCAGGCAUGUUUUGCUACUAAUAGUCUGAGCAUCGUCACAACUGCCUGUGAAGGGAUUUCAAUUUGUUCAAUUGCUGCUUUAAAUAGUAUAUUUGGUGAUCCUUGUCAUGGAACAUACAAAUAUCUCGAAGUUGAUUACGAAUGCGUGACACCUGUAGAACCGGUACCUGAGGUCGUUAAAGUUGGUUGCUUUAACACCAAUACAGAUGAUGAACCCAUUGAGUCUUUGGAAUGCCGAGAUGACUACUUAGUAUCCCACCAUCUGGAGCGUGAGCUUCAUGUAGAGAAGUGUGCCAGGCAGCUGCAGCUAGAGGGUGGACAACUUUCUCAUUGUUAG